UAAGCAUUUGGCAAGUGACCCCCCACUACUUCCCAUUCCUUAUAUUUCUUUCCCUUUCUCAAUCAACACAGACAGAGAGAGAGAGAGAGAGAGUGAAAAUUCCCCCAAAGAAUUUUCCAUUUCGAUCCCAAUUCUCACAGCACAAUCAUGAGCAACGAAUACGAUUAUUUGUUCAAGCUUUUGCUAAUCGGGGACUCCUCUGUGGGAAAAUCGUGUCUGCUCCUCAGAUUUGCGGAUGAUUCCUAUGUUGACAGCUACAUAAGCACCAUUGGAGUUGAUUUUAAAAUCAGAACUGUGGAGUUGGAUGGAAAGACAAUCAAGCUGCAGAUUUGGGAUACUGCUGGACAGGAGCGGUUCAGAACUAUAACAAGCAGUUAUUACCGAGGAGCACAUGGGAUUAUUAUUGUCUAUGAUGUUACUGAGAUGGAGAGCUUCAACAAUGUCAAGCAGUGGUUGAAUGAAAUUGAUAGAUAUGCAAAUGACAGUGUGUGCAAGCUUCUUGUUGGGAAUAAGUGUGAUUUGGUCGAGAACAAGGUCGUGGACACGCAAACAGCAAAGGCGUUUGCGGAUGAGCUCGGGAUUCCUUUCCUUGAGACAAGUGCCAAAGACUCGAUCAAUGUGGAGCAAGCUUUCUUAACCAUGGCUGGCGAGAUAAAAAAGAAAAUGGGCAACCAACCAACUGCAAACAAGUCAACAGGAACUGUUCAAAUGAAGGGGCAGCCAAUCCAGCAGAAGAGCAACUGUUGUGGUUAGCCACGCUAUUGUAGCUUUCAUUUCUGUUAAAAGAUUGUAAGACAGUGAAAACUCUGUUGACUGUACUCGUAUGGUCCGUAUGGAUCUAUCAGAAACUGUUAAAUAUGGCUCCUUCAAUCCUUCUCUUGGGGAAAGAAAAAUGAAUUUCCUAACAA